ACUCGUAGUAACCCAAGACGAGCCUCCAAUAUUUUUGCUUCGACCGCUUCGACAGAGAUUAACAUGUCUUCCAUCCGGUUGAUGUCCCAAAGAUGCUGCAAGAGCCUUUUUAACCGAAAAUCCGUCUCCGGACUGAGUGUCCUGCAAGCGAGACAGAGUUCGCAGUACUUUCCUAUCGAUGAUAACGUGUUCGGGCUAAACGAGGAUCAGCAACAGCUCAGACAGACGGUUUUUAAUUUUUUCCAAAAGGAGCUCGCUCCGAAGGCAGCAGAAAUCGACAAAACCAACAAUUUCCCCGAACUGCGGGAGUUCUGGAAGAAACUGGGCAGCUUGGGGACGUUGGGCAUCACCGCGUCGAGCAAAUAUGGUGGCUCGGACGGCUCGUAUCUGGACCACUGCAUCAUCAUGGAGGAGAUGUCGAGGGCCGCUGGUGGCAUUGCCCUGAGCUACGGCGCACAUUCUAAUUUAUGCGUCAACCAAAUUAAUCGUAACGGAACCGAGGAGCAGAAGGAGAAAUACCUUCCGAAGUUAUGCUCUGGAGAACACAUGGGAGCCCUGGCCAUGUCGGAGCCUGGCGCCGGCUCGGACGUCGUCUCGAUGAAACUGCGAGCUGAUAAAAAAGGAGACUACUACACGCUGAAUGGCAACAAGUUUUGGAUCACCAACGGCCCUGACGCCGAGACUCUUGUGGUCUACGCCAAGACGAAUCCGAACGCGGCCAAGCCCCAGCACGGAGUGACGGCGUUAAUCGUCGAGAAGGGAAUGGAGGGCUUCAGCACCGCCCAAAAACUGGACAAACUCGGCAUUCGCGGCUCCAACACUGGCGAACUCAUUUUUGAAAACUGCAAGGUGCCAGCUAAAAACAUUCUGGGUCAGGAGAACAAAGGCAUCUACGUGUUGUUCAGCGGGCUGGACCUGGAGCGUCUGGUGCUGGCGGCCGGUCCGGUGGGCCUGAUGCAGGCCAGCUGCGACACCGCCUUCGAGUACGUGCACCAGCGAAAGCAGUUCGGCCAGCCGAUCGGCGAGUUCCAGCUGGUGCAGGCUAAAAUCGCCGACAUGUUCACGUCGCUGUCCGUCUCCAGGUCGUACCUGUACAGCGUGGCCAGGGCGUGCGACAACGGCAAGGUCAGCCGCAGGGACUGCGCCUCCGUCAUCCUGUUCUGCGCUGAACAAGCUACCAAGGUCGCCCUCGACGCCAUCCAGUGUCUCGGCGGCAAUGGCUACAUCAACGACUACCCGACUGGCAGGUACCUGAGAGACGCCAAGCUCUACGAAAUCGGGGCUGGAACGAGCGAAGUGCGCCGAUUGGUCAUCGGACGCUCGCUGAACGAGCUCUACAAAUAAUGAAGUGCCAUUGCAUUUUAAUCGCGCGCUUGCCUUUUAGAAAAAUACUAUACUGGUACAAUACUAAACUUGUCUCAGAAAAAAAAUGUGAUCGAGAAUAGGUUAGUGACCCCAAAUCUGCCAUAUUAAAUAUUAAAAUACCACCUGGGGUUACUACAAACUAUAUCGAGCGUUGCUCAAUGUUGAAUAUUUUGAAAAUAUUAUAUUUUUAAUAAACCAAAUUUUAAUCAGCA